AUGUGUGCCACUAUAGGCCACUACCAGACUGAAGCAAAGGAGGAGGAGGAGGCCCCUAGUGUUACCGAUGGUGCUGUGGCAGCUGCCUCAGUAGAUGCAGCCGAAGAAGGUGUAGCUCCUGCAGAUGCUCACGUGGAUGAUUCACCUGCAGCUGAGGAACCUGCAGCUAAUUCCCUUUUCGGUGACAAUCUACUAGCUAAAAUACUUGCGGCUGAUAACCCAGCAGCUGGUAAACCUGAAGCGGAUGUUCCUGUAGCAGAUGGUGCAACAGCUGAAGAGCCAGGUACAGAUAGUGACAAGUCUGCUGGAGAUGGCCCUGACGUGGAAGCUCUAACUGCUGAAGCUGUCACCCACGAGCAACCUUUCUCUGAGGAGGAGGAGGAGGGGAACGACAUCAGACCAGUCCAGACAAACCGCUCUCUGAACAGACCCUUGGCACAUGAAGAUAACAGUUGGAGCCUCAACUCAAUUAGAAAUAGUUUCCAGACUGUGCACGGAUACUUUGACUCCCUGGUGGAGCUGGUCGGGGGGCACAACGGUGUGUGUCAGUACCGCUGCAGAUAUGGAGAACCUCCUCAACCUCGCCCCGGCUACCAGCUCUCAGAGCCCGACGGCUGCAGUUCCUCUCUUGUGGGAUUCCAGGUGAAUGCAGCUCUUGACCUUGGGAUCCCUGCUAUGACAAAGUGCUGUAAUCAGCUUGACGUGUGCUAUGACACUUGUGGGACAAGCAAGUACGACUGUGACUCCAAGUUUCGCUCGUGUCUGCAUGGCAUCUGCUCAGACCUCAAUAAGAGUCUGGGCUUUGCGUCAAAGGUACAAGCCUGUGAAUCGAUGGCUGACACUCUCUACAACACAGUGUGGACUCUUGGUUGUCGACCUUACAUGAACAGCCAGAGGGCAGCGUGUGUCUGCGAGGGAGAGGAGAGGGAUGAACUGUGA